UAGGGAGUAGUCACUUGUUAAAGUGAAUUCUCCCUAGAUCUAUUUAUUAAAUUCUGGUGUUAAUAGAUGGAUUGUGCUGAAGGUUCCAAAUCAUUUCAUUUUUUUGGAAAUCAAAUUCGAAAAAUUUGUCUACUUCUUUUCUAGAAUGUCCAAUAUUUGUUUGACAUCUUCUAUACGAAAAUGUUCAAUUUUCAUAAGUUCUUCUUGACUGUUAUUCAACAGGUCAAAUAAUGUAUGUAUAUUGGACUUUUUGAGACAAUUAUAGAUCCUAGGAGGCAAUUCUAAUUGGUCAAUAAAAAUCGAUUUCAAUGCAAGUUCGUUUUUAUUUUUUCUUAGUUUAGCUAAUCUAUCAUGAAAAGGAAAAAAGGGGAAAGUAACCCUAUGUUGAUUGUUUUCUAAAUUAAAGUUUUUUUCUUCUUCUGCAUGUAAAAAAGGAAUAAAUAAAUUAAUCAAAGUCCGGGCGGCUUCGCGAAGUGCUUCUUGAGGAGUUAAACUUCCGUUUGUCCAUAUUUCUAAAAAAAGUAUCUCCUGCUUUUCAUUACUGUUCCCAUACGAAUGAAUACUAUAAUUCGCAUUUCGAACGGGCAUGAAUACAGCAUCUAUAGGGUAACUUCCGUCGUUAAAGUUUUUUUUCGUUUUUAUACCGUAUCCUCUAUGCCUCUCGAUUUGUAAUUCAAUACACAAAUCAAUUGGUUCUGUUAGUCUAGCUAUAUGUUGUGUAUGAUCAACGAUUUCCACGGAAGUCGGUAAGAUGAUAUCUUGAGCAGUUACAUACCCCGGGCCCUUGGUACAAAUAAGCGCGUUACGAGUUCCAUACAGAUUACUUCUCAAUACAAUUUCUUUCAAAUUCAUUAAAAUUUCAUGUACUGAUUCUUGAAUACCUACUAUGGUAGAAUAUUCAUGUGGUAUUUUCUCAGAUUUUGCGCGUGUAAUACAUGUUCCUUCUAUUUCUCCAAGCAAAGCUCUUCGCAUCGCAAUGCCUAUUGUGUCGGCUUGACCUUUCAUAAGGGGAGCUAGAAUAAAGCGUCCGUACGAAAGACG